AUGUCGACAACGGCCACAUCCAAUGGCUCUAUGACUUCUCAGGUCUUGAGAGCUCGAGCUCUCAAGUCUAUGCAGAUUGCGGAUGACCAUGCCGCGCCUCCUACCCCUGUUUCGGACAAGGAUGUGGUCAAUUCAAGUGGCACGUCCACGCCAAUUCCAGAUGAUGCACCACCCUCCGUCCGGUCCAAAUCGUCCGCACGCAAGCAAGUACGAGCGAGACGUCGCCUUUUUCAUACUAUCGACUAUGUUCCUCGAGUGUCCCACUUCGAUCCCCAAAGCGACUAUCACAACUUUCGUGGCUUUUUUACAUUGUUUUGGAUUGCGCUGUUUAUUAUGGUGGUUACUACGGUUCUGCGCAAUAUUAAAGACACGGGCCAUCCAUUGCGAGUAAAAGUCUGGAGUUUAUUGACGGCCAAUGUGUGGCAGUUGGCAAUUAGUGAUGGAGUGAUGGUAAUCAGCUCCGGGCUCGUGCUACCUGUUCAAUUGUUAGUCCGCAAUAGAGGGGGAUGGCUGCGAUGGUACCGAGGAGGAAUCCUGUUCCAGAGCCUCUAUCAAAUUGGAUGGCUCACUCUAUGGAUCAAAUGGCCUUUCAUGUUACAGUGGACUUGGACAGCCCAAGUUUUCUUUACUCUACAUACUUUGACCAUCCUCAUGAAAGUCCACUCAUAUGCUUUCUACAAUGGUCACUUGAGUGAGACCGAGCAUCGUCUGUCCGAGCUUGACAAACCGGGUCAGGGGUCGAUGGCAGCGGCUGUGCGAUAUCCAAGCUCCCCGGCUCGUGCAGAGACUAUGAACGACACCUUUAAGUUCAAACAAGAUGAGCCCUUGUCCAAGCUGCGCGAUGAUUUGGCGACAGAAUUGACGUCUCCUUUGGGCCAUGUAACCUAUCCUCAGAACCUCACGACCAGAAACUUUGUGGACUUCCUGUUUUGUCCCACAUUGUGUUACGAGAUUGAAUAUCCUAGGACACCAAGCAUACGCUGGUCGGAGGUGUUCUUCAAGGCAUUGGCAGUGUUUGGGUGCAUUUUCUUACUGACACUGACUAGUGAGGAAUUUAUCGUCCCAGUCCUCAAUGAUGCAAGUGUCAGCCUCAUGGGCGUCAAAGGUGCUGCAGACCAAGCUCUAAUUCUAGCGGAAACCACAAGCAUGCUACUAUUCCCGUUUAUGAUUACUUUCUUGCUAGUGUUCCUAGUCAUCUUCGAAUACCUGCUCGGCGCAUUUGCAGAGAUCACUCGCUUUGCAGAUCGACGUUUCUACUCUGAUUGGUGGAACUCAUGUGACUGGUUGGAAUUCUCACGAGAAUGGAACAUCCCCGUACAUCACUUUCUACGCCGACAUGUCUAUUUCUCCGCCAAAUCAUAUUUCUCGGGCCCAGUCGCCAUGUUUAUUACUUUCCUCGUUAGCGCUCUUGCUCACGAGCUUGUCAUGAGCUGCAUCACGAAGAAGUUGCGAGGUUAUGGAUUUUUACUGAUGAUGCUUCAAUUACCUAUCAUCGCAAUUCAAAGGACGAAGAUAAUUCGACAGGCGAAGACAUGGAAUAACAUUGUGUUCUGGUUUUCUAUGAUUCUCGGUCUUUCGAUGUUUAGAACUAGUGAUUUAUCAUAA